GUGAUUGUGAGCGCUGUGAAGAGCGUGGAAGGCCCAAAGAUCUGCGUGCUCAUGGCAGACAGCAGGCACUCUCUGUGGGAUGACAGCAGACAAGGGCAUGCUAUGUUUGAGGAGGCAGGCAGCCGGCGGUAUGCCAUGUGGCUGCUGCCGGCCUUGAUAAACCUUGUGCAUGCGGUGCAGCAUGGGUAUGAUUUUGCGCACAUGCAGAUGCCGUUCAAGCACGUGUCGCGUCACCCGGCUUGGCUGAAGCUUGUUGCCAUGCGAAUGAUCUUGCCGCGGUACGAGUAUGUGUUGUACUUGGACUCGGAUGCUUUCUUUCGGCAGCCUGGCACCCCACAGGUGGUUGAGAAGAUGAUUCUGGAGGGACAGCUAAGCAGGGGCAAAAUUAUGGCCCUCACCAAGGAAGACGUGAGUUACCCAGACAUUGCAAACACCGGCGUCCUCACAUUGAGAAACAGCGAGGAGACACUGAAGAUGCUGCACGACUGGUGGUACUCGAUUGUGCAGCACAAGCAGUACAUGAUGUACAAGAGAGCAUGGUCGUUUGAGCAGGCCGCAUUCACCUGGAUUGUAUAUCCAGCAUACAAUGAGAGCGUGAGUCUGCUGACUUUGGAGGACUGGAACUCUCCAGAGGGCAAGCAUAUACGGCACAUCUGGAGCGUGCUCAGCGAGGAUGAGCGUGAGCAGAUUUUCCUAGAUGCUGCAGCUCUGAGUUUGAGGCACUUGGAAGAAUCAAGUCACAGAACCCAAGCCGAACCAAUUGCUGCAGCUGCGGAAUUGGUAGACUUGGUUGAUGAAGUACUGGCGCAUAAGCUGCAUUGAUGUAUUAUGUAUGCAAAUUCAGAUGAAUAGAGAAGGAAGGAAGGAAGGAAGAUUACAUCACUCCAGCCGCCUAGGGCUGAUUGGAUGAACUGGCAGCAUCCAAAUAAUCAAAACAAUCCAUCACAAAAUGUGCAACACCAACAAUGUCCAACUGCCACAUGAAUUGCUGCAUCGUCACAAUGGCUGCACCAAACAGCCCAGGAUAUCUGUCCCGAACAGAUUGCAAGGCAGGGCACUCAAACACAAGGUGGCGCUCAUCCCCAAUAACCUGCUGGGCACAACGCAUGCACAAACGCUGGGGCCGGGGAAUCCUUGCCCAGCGGCCCGAGACAUUGGGCAGACUAUGACAACCCAUCCUGAACUUCAACAGUAUACGCAAGCAACGGGCACUCAAAGGCUGCUGUAAGAGCUGGCAAGGGUGGCGCACACAAGCUGGCCUAGCAAACCAUCUGUGAUAUGUACACAAGGUGGCAUUGCUGGACGGGCAGGUCCUAGGGCAAAUGUCAAUGUCAUCCCAAACCUGCAGUGCUUGCGCAUCUAGCAGCUGCAUCACAGCAUCAACUUCCACAGGAACAAGGGUGUCAAACCGAAUAACAAACUCAUACCCAAUCCGGCGCAAGCCCCGCAUGAAGGCCCAAGCCCAAUUCUUAACAGUACGGGUUAUGGCAUCCCAACAAUCAUCAAGGGCCACUUGCCUGUGAAAAUUAUUUGCAGGCAAGGCAGCCAAAUUGUUCCAGAACUUGAUAAUGCGCCGCCACCACACACAAUCAAGGGUCUGCUGAUUCAACUCCUUAAGCAAGAUGGCACCAUGCACAGAGGUGGGGACGCCAGCAAUGUCUCUCAGAAUUUUCAGGUGAGAGGAGGCCAAGGCAGCCCGGCCCCGCCGGCUGUCGCCACCAGGAAGGCUGCGCAGGCCCCACACCUCACAACCGUAGGAGGCAGUCGGCGGCACACAUGCAUCAUAUAGGCGCAACAACAGGCCAGCUGACAUGCUGCAAUGCAACUUCCCAUAUUGCUGCCUGAGCUGUGCCCACGCACCCCACAUGUUCCUGUGAAGCUUGCCAAAGGUGUGGUGGCGAGCAAAGCAAAGUCAUCGGCAUAGCCUAGAUCUGGUACACAACUGCCAGGACGCAACUGCGGGCCAACCCCAGGGCACCUCUGCAGCAAGUGCCUGUGCAGGCCAUCUGCAAACAAGCCAAACAGCGUUGGGCUAAGGGGGCAACCCUGCUUCAAUCCUGUCUCAGAGGGCAAACUAGGACCCUUCCUGCUCCCAAUCUUAAUGGCAACCGUAGAAUUGGCAUACAAAGACUGAAUGGCAGAGAGCAGGCGGCCAUCAAUGCCCAGGCGACGCAGACUCUCCCAGAGCAACACCCGAUUCACUCUGUCAUAAGCACCCUUCAGAUCAAGAAAGCAACAAUACAAGGGCUGCUUAGCAUGGUUUUGCCGGUCGAUAAAAUGCUGCAAGGUGAAUAGCUGGUGGGCCGUAGACAGUUUUGGCCUAAAGCCAGCCUGUGUGGCUGCACGCAAUCCAGCCCCCUCUGUGUACUUCAGAAUACGAGAAUUCAAUAUGCCAGCAUACAAGCGCAUGAUGGGCUCAGUAACGGCAAUGGGUCUAUAAUUGAGCAUGUCAAGCUUGCUGCCUUUCUUGUGCACAGGGGUGAUCAGGCUACCAUUCACAGAGGGUGGCACUUGCCCAGCCACAAAUGCAGAGUUCAGCACAGCCACCAAAGCAGGCGCCAGGACAUUUUCCGGAGGAGGCAUGCCUGGCGCCCGCUCAUCUUUUGCAUACCGAAACAGCUCAGCUGGUAAACCUUGCACUCCGGUGGCACGACCAUUGUGUAAACUUUUGAGCCC